AUGAACGAAAAACGUCAACAAUCAGCUGACGUCAUAGACAAUGCAUCUGCAGCCUGGCUGCCAAAGGAGAAGGAGCUCAGAGGGAAGCAGCCAAGCAAGACAGAAGAGAAGAAGACAAGGAAGGCUAAGUUCACUCGAGAGAGUAGGGGAGUGGCCGUGACCACCCCCCAAGGAGAGAGAAAGGGAGGUAAGGGGGGAGUGGCCGUGACCACCCCCAAGGGAGAGAGUAGGGGAGUGGCCGUGACCACCCCCCAAGGAGAGAGAAAGGGAGUGAAGGGGGGAGUGGCCGUGACCACUCCACCGAGAGAGAGUAGGGGAGUGGCCGUGACCACCCCCCAAAAAGAGAGAAAGGGAGUUAAGGGGGGAGUGGCCGUGACCACCCCCCAGGGAGAGAGAAGGGGAGUGGCCGUGACCACCCCCCAAGGAGAGAGAAAGGGAGAGAAGGGGGGAGUGGCCGUGACCACCCCACCGAGAGAGAGAAGGGGAAAGGCCGUGUCCGAUCCCCAAGUAGGAAGCAGGGGUGUAGCCGUGUCCACACCCCAGUCAGAUAGAGAAAAGGUAGCCGUGUCUACCUCCACACCAACCGCCGGUAGGGUUGGAAUAGAUAUGGGACUGCCCACCCCAAUAUCAAUAAACAUUGAAAUGGACUCUGAGUCCGAAGAGGGAAUGCCUAGCCCUCAAAAUAUCACAAGGGGAAUGCCCAGCCCCAGCAGAGACAGCCCAAUAUUGAAAAAGCCUCAGAACAGUCCCGGUCAGACUAGCUAUUUUUUUAGAACACUGCCGCCAAACCCCAAAAAGCGAAAAGUUGAGGAAACAGCAGAUAGUCCCAACAACUCAUAUGCAGAAGCUGCAAAUAGUCUGCCACAGGGGAAUUAUAGCUUACUAGAAAUGAGCCAGUCAGACCGGGAAAUAGUCCAAGGGCUGUGGAACAGGACCACUAAGACUUCCACUGACCGAACUAGACAAGCCAAAGCUUCGGCUAAGGCUGCCCCCAACAAAGCAGCAGGGGUGGGAGAGGCUAGUCUACUGAGCAGGCAGCACAAAAAACAGAGUCUAAACACGGAGACUCUUGGCCUCAAACAGAUGACGCAAACUGAACAGGGCAAUGAACAGGCGGCGACCAAGGGCAAGGUCAAUGCUACACGGGCAAACGAAGACGCUGAGGCAACCAGCGCAGGCAACCCCAUGGGCAAGGGUGCCAAUACCAAGCGACGCAAAGGGAAGAGAGGCAAAAGGGGCAAAAAAGGUCCAAAUAAGGUGGCAAACAACACGGGCAAUGUUGAAUCCACCAGCACAACGGGUACAGACAAUAGGCAUGCUGUAGUAAGCCAUGAUAGCAAAACAAAUGCCCACAACCAGGCUACACCAGACAAGCUGGUUGAAUUUAUGUGUGCCGCCUUAAUCAAACUAGGCACACAUAAGGAUAGUGAUGAAGGGCAAAACUCACCAUACUCUGGGAGUUAG